CUCCAAAACACCCGCCAUCUUUUCUAGAACAACAAAACAUUUAAAUUUAAUUUUAUAAACGAUGAAUUUAGAACUGUUAGAAUCGUUCGGGCAAAAUUUUCCUGAGGACUUUGAUGGUGUCUUGGACAGUAUUAGCAUUGCAGUAACAUGUGCAUUUAAUAAGCGAGGCACGUUAUUGGCUGUUGGUUGCAAUGACGGAAGAAUAGUCAUCUGGGAUUUUUUAACAAGGGGAAUCGCCAAAGUUAUCAGUGCUCAUGUCCAUCCUGUAUGCUCUCUCAGUUGGGGCAGAAAUGGCCAUAAAUUAUUUAGUGCAGCUACUGACAAUGUUGUGUCAGUUUGGAGUGUAUUAUCUGGUGAAUGUGAUCAUACAUUCAGAUUCCCAUCUCCCAUACUCAAAAUACAGUGUCAUCCCAGAGACAGUGGACAGUUCCUUGUUUGUCCCAUGAAACAUGCUGCUGUGUUAAUGAACACAUCUGGGAAACACUCAAUUGUACCUCUAGAUGAUGACUCAGACCUCAACAUUGUGGCCUCUUUUGACAGAAGAGGAGAUUAUAUUUACACUGGCAAUGCUAAAGGGAGGAUCCUGACAUACAACUCAAAGAAUCUUGAUCUGAAAGCAUCAUUUCGUGUGACGACAGGAACAUCAAAUACAACUGCAAUAAAAUCAAUAGAAUUUGCCAGGAGAGGAAAUUGUUUCCUGGUUAAUUCAGCUGACAGAAUAAUCCGUGUUUACGAAGCUGGGGAAGUGCUUGCAUGUGCUCACAAUGGAGAGCCAGAACCAAUACAAAAACUACAGGAUCUCGUGAACAAAACUUUAUGGAAAAAAUGCUGUUUCUCUGGGGAUGGUGAAUACAUAUGUGCAGGCUCAGCAAGGCAACAUGCGUUGUACAUUUGGGAGAAAAGUGUCGGAAAUUUAGUGAAAAUUCUACAUGGUACCAAGGGGGAGCUGCUCUUAGAUGUUGCAUGGCAUCCUGUUAGACCAAUCAUUGCAUCAAUAUCCAGUGGUGUAGUUUCUAUAUGGUCACAAACUCAGGUGGAGAACUGGAGUGCAUUUGCCCCUGAUUUCAAAGAGCUGGAUGAGAAUGUGGAAUAUGAGGAACGUGAAUCAGAGUUUGAUAUCGAAGAUGAGGAUAAGAUAGUGGAGGAGACCAAAGGAAUUGAUAAAGAUGAGAAUGAUGAAGUAGAUGUCACCUCAUGUGAACCUAUUGCUGCCUUUGUGAGCAGUGAUGAGGAAGGGGAGGAUGAUUCUACUCUCUUGUAUCUACCUGUAGCCCCUGAAGUGGAGGAACCAGAAGAAGGCUGGGGACCUGUUCCACCCCCAACAGACCAGGCUGCUGCUCCAUCCCAGCCAGCUGAACAAGAUAGUAAAAAACGUAGCUCAUCGAAAAGACAUUCAACAGACACAUCACCUUCUACAAAGAAGAAAAAAACAGUUUUACCAUAUGAUAUAGAAUUACCCAAUGCACCAAUAGAUGAAAUUCACCCACUGCUAAAUGUUAAAAAGCCUACAGAAAAGAGUUCUACUAAGAAAAGCAGUCGACCGAAAUCGCAAAAGUCCAAGGACUCAAGAUCACGGAAAGAAAAAGGUCACAGUCACAGCUUGAAACCUGUUGUAAAACUGUCUGUUUUAGUUCCUCCUUGAUGUUGUAUUAUGCACUAUGCAUGUCCUCUAUAUAAUGAUUGGAAGAAGCUGUAGUAGUUGUUAUUACUGAUUAUGGACAUUAAAGUGGAUUACAAUUUUAAUCGUCUUAAAUAGUUUUUCAAGUCAUGAAAAGUAUACUUUGCAUGGGGCCUUUAAGCGUCAAUGUUGAGGCUAUUUUGUUUUGUAAUAUAAUAUAAAUAAUA